CGCGGUCGGUAGGUGUCGCCAGUGGACGCGGCGCUGCUGUAAUGUGAAAUGUGACGCUCGUGCGUAACACACGCGUCAGCUCGAGCGCGGCGCUUUAAUGCCAAGAGAAACUCCAGAGACGCACCAGAAGAGAAGGGCUUGCAAUGAGAGCGCAAUCCUGACCCAAAAACUCCGAUCCACAAACUCAAACCCUGUGUUUGCAUGCGUUUGAUUCACAGCUUUAAGAAACGGACGUGGUGUAGUUGUAUAAAUGUGUUUUUCCAUUAACUGUGGAACUCUAUAGAUAGAUUAAAUAGCUUUUAUAAAGUUCUCAUCAGCACUGAGGAUGCGGAACAGAAUGACGGGACUUUCUUUGAGGAAAAGACGCGCUUUGGAUGUUUUUGUGUGUUUGUGUUUGGCUUCUAUGGCUUAUUCCUUCAACAUUGAUUUGCAACAUACCUUGGUUUUCCGAGGACCAGAUGCGACGUUUUUUGGAUAUUCAGUCCUGGAGCACGUCCAUGACAACACACGCUGGAUUGUGGUCGGGGCUCCCAGAGCAAACUCAUCAUUCAGCAGUUCAGUUCAGUCACCCGGAGCUGUAUACAAGUGCCGGAUUCACAACAACCCAGAGCAACGCUGCACUGAGAUGGACCUCGGCAGAGGAAAUAAACAGAGGGAGUCCUGUGGGAAGACGUGUCAAGGUGACAGAAAUGACGAGUGGAUGGGGGUCAGUCUGGCUCGACAGGACAAACCCAAUGGCAAAAUUCUGGCCUGUGCUCACCGCUGGAAGAAUGUAUACUAUGAAUCAGAGCAUAUCCUCCCUCACGGAUACUGCUCCAUCAUCCCAGCCACUCUGCAGGGCAAGUCACAGCCCCUCAUACCCUGUUAUGAAGACUAUAAGAAGACCUAUGGGGAAGAACACGGCUCGUGCCAAGCCGGGAUCGCAGGCGUUUUCACUGAGGAGCUGGUUAUCAUGGGUGCACCUGGUUCUUACUACUGGACCGGAACGGUCAAAGUGUUUAACAUGACAUCCAAUACUCACUACAACCUAAAUCAAGACAACCUGAGUCUUCGCAGAUACAGUUACCUCGGGUAUGCUGUGACUGCUGGCCACUUCUCCUCCCCGAAUACCAUAGACGUGGCGGCUGGUGCUCCUCAAGACAGUGGUGGUGGAAAAGUUUACAUCUUCAGAAUCGAAGGAACGUCUCUUGUAAAGACCUUUGAAGCCUCAGGGAAAAUGAUGGGCUCUUACUUUGGCUCCUCAUUGUGUGCAGUUGACCUAAACGCGGACGGACUGUCGGACUUGAUUGUGGGAGCACCCAUGCACAGCGAGAUCCGGGACGAAGGCCAGGUUUCUGUUUACCUCAGCAGUGGCAAUGGAGUGAUGGAGGAAGUUGCAAUAUUAAAUGGUGACAAUUCAUACAAUGCUCAUUUUGGAGAGUGUAUCACUUCUCUUGGGGACAUUGAUGACGAUGGCUACCAAGAUGUAGCAAUUGGAGCCCCCAAAGAGGAUGACUAUGGAGGAGCUGUCUACAUCUACCACGGUGAUGCUACAGGAAUAGUUAAGAAGUACUCAAUGAGGCUGUCUGGGCGAAGCAUCAACCCCACCCUCCAAAUGUUCGGCCAGUCGAUUUCCGGCAAUGUGGACAUGGAUGGAAACGGAUAUCCAGAUGUGACGAUAGGGGCGUUCAUGGCUGACAGUGUGGUUUUGUUAAGAUCCAGGCCGGUGAUCUCUGUAGACGUGUCCAUCUUUCUGCCCGUCUCGAUAAACAUCACAGUACCGCAGUGUCACGAGGGCCCUCAGCAUCUCAACUGCUUCAACGUCACAUUCACCAUGACAAGUGGGAACUUGACAUCUUACUUGACUUUGUUUUUAAAUCCCAGAAUUUGUCCUGGAAUGCUUCUGAUAGUGAGUGUUUUUGAGAGACGUUUCCACAUUGUUGUCUUUCUGAAAUGUUGGUUUCUGUAUUUCUCCUCAGAGUUGCUGUACAAUCUAACUGCAGAUUCAGAUAAGAGACACAGAGGUCUGCCGGCGCGGGUGUAUUUUGGAAACGGUGGAGAGCAGACAGGUGCUGUAAGUCAGCGUUUCAGCCUGGAGAUCAACCGGCCGCAGUGCCAUCAGUACACGUCCUUUGUGAGGAAAGAAGUGAAGGAUGUGUUUGCUGCCAUCGUGUUUGAAGCAGCCUACAGCUUAGGGAAACACAUUGUAGAUGGACACCAGGACCGUGACCUUCCCUCACUCACUCCUGUUCUACGCUGGAAAAAAGGAAAGAAGAUCGCUGCAAAGAACGAGAGAGGUGGUGUAGCGGUCCAAGUAUCCUGUGGAACCCCAGUAGCAAGUUUUGAGAAACUUCUUCACAGACAUUCAUCCUGUUGUCCAUGUCUCACUUUUUCUCGUUUCUGUCAUUUUCCCAGGCGUUACAUCAGUUCUCAUCUGGCUCUUGGUGGAGUGAAAAACGUGUCAUUAAAUUUAACCAUCUCUAAUGCUGGAGAUGAUGCCUACGACACCAACAUCUACUUCAACUUCUCCAGAGAGGUUCACUACAUCAACUUCUUACAAAGAGAAGAGAAGGGCAUUUCCUGUAUGCUGGUAGAGCUGGACUUCCUCAAGUGUAGCGUUGGAUUUCCUUUCAUGAGAGCGCAAACCAAGUACCAUCUAUCGGUGCUUUUCGACACGAGUCGUCUGUCUGGUGAAAAUGAGACGCUGCUAUUUUUAGUUCAUGCUAGAAGUGCCAAUCCAGAACAUGAUAGCACACUUCAUGAUAACACAUUGGAGUUGUCCAUACCGCUGGUACAUGAGGUGGACACAACAAUCACAGGUGUGGUCACACCUACAUCUUUUGUGUAUGGAAACUCAGUGGACCGAUCACGCUUCCUUCAGCUGGACGACAUGGAGUGCAGCUUUCAGCCGCUCAACUUCACCUUUCAGGUGAUAAACAAUGGGCCCAGCAGACUUCCAGGCUCCACGGUGGACAUCAGGAUACCCAACCGCCUGACUAGUAAUGGAGCAGAUAUGUUCCAUAUCAUUGACACACAAGUAUCUGAAGGUCGAGGGAACUGCACGUGGCACAGAAACCCCAAACCCUGCACAAUCCCUCACGACAAGAAGAGCAUCUUCCACACUAUUUUUGCUUUCUUCACCAAAUCAGGCAAAAAAGUUCUGGACUGUGACCGGCCUGGCAGAGCGUGUCUUACUAUUUCCUGCAGUCUGAGCUCUCAGGCCAAAGAGGAAGCCACGAGUAUAGAUGUGCAAAUGCUACUGAACACUGAAAUACUACAGAGGGACAGCUUCUCUGUGAUCCAGUAUGUGACACGAGGUCACGUCCAGCUGGACGACAGGGCCGUGGAGGUCUCAACCGGACUCCCAGAGGAGAUUUCUCUGGUGUUUGAGGCCCUUCACAGUCAGGAGCCCAGGGGUUACGUGGUGGGAUGGAUCAUCGCCAUCAGCCUCCUCGUGGGAAUCCUCCUCUUCCUGCUGCUGGCGGUGCUGCUCUGGAAGAUGGGAUUCUUCAGGAGGCAUUACAGAGAGAUCAUAGAGGCCGAAAAGAACAGGAAGGACAGCGAUGAAAGCUGGGAUUGGGUCCAGAAGAGCCAAUGAGAGCUUGGAUUGGGUUCAGAAAAUCCAAUAAGCUGCUACCUUCACCCCGGCUCUCUCCUAAGACCCAGACCCUCCAGCCUUCCAUAUGUGGAAGAAAAGAAUAUUCUCCAGAUUUUUCGGAGGUUUGACACUUUUGGUUUGUCGUUGAUGGUGAUCUAGCUGAUGUUCGAGGUGACCGUGUGGCCUGCCAGAAGAGACUCGCAGUGGAAUUCCAUUGAUCCCAAUGGGACAGGCCUCCUGCCAGUGGGUCUAAAGAGAGACUUCCUGGAACGAAUGUGGAUAUCGUGUCAAUACUAGCAGACAAUUACAACCCUCAGGGCGCUGUUGAAAAGCAAAAAUCUAUUUUUUAUAAAAUGUAUUCCAUACUGUAUAGAAGAGAGCUUCAAGAGUUGUUUUUAAAGCACUGAUGACUGACACACGCCAAAGAGAUGAUGUUAUUCCUUCACAUCAGUUUUCAGAUGAACCUUGAAGAUGGAUUGUACCUCUUUGUCCCCUCGAGAUGUUAACUUACAAAGAAUGCAAAGCGAAAGUUUGUGUCCUUCAUUGGGACAACUCACGAGUUAAUUGUUGCAUGAACAAAUGAAAGAGGAGAUGCAAACCAAAGUUGUUAUUGCUCGAGUUGUUAAAGGAGUAGUUCACCUCAAAAUGAAUGUUUGCUGAAAAUGCACUCAUCCUCAGGUGAUCCGAGAUGUACUGUAGAUGAGUUUGUUUCUUCAUCAGAACAGAUUUGACAUCAGUUGCUUACCAAUGGAUGCUCUGCAGUGAAUGGGUGCCGUCAGAAUGAGAGUCCAGACAGCUGAGAAAAGUAUCACAAUAAUCCACACGACUACAUUAAAUUAAAAAAAAAAAAAAAAAUCAUCAAGGAAUUUUAAUUUUACAAAUGCAGCUUUUCACUUCAAAAGACUGGAGUGGUGUGGAUUAUUGUGAUGUUUUUAUCAGCUGUUUGGACUCUCAUUCUCACGGCACCCAUUCACUGCAGAGCAUCCAUUUCUGAGACACUGAUGGAAUGCUACAUUUCUCCAAAUCUGUUCCCAUAAAGAGACAAACUGAUCCCAAUCUUAGAUGGCCUGAGGAUGAGUACAUUUUCAGACAGCUUCAGAAAACCAUGUCCAUUCUCAGCUUAAACAUGUUUUGUUUAGUAUAUGUGAAAUUCACAUCUUAGAGCAUAAUUUGUACUGCACUGGAUUUUGACCCACUGAAAGAUGCAUGUUAUUCCAAAAGAAAAGAUUCUGUCUUCUUAAUCUUUCACAAAAUAUAUGAACCUUUACUGACUUUUUUGUAUUCCUUUCCAACCACCUGUAAAUUAGAAGCUGUUCACAAUCUUGCAUAGUGACAUUAAAAGUUCAGAUUUAAGAGAUGCAUUGUCAGCUGACGUCUCCGUUUGCGUGUUUAGGCUUUUUUGAGGACCGAAGAGUCCAAGAUGACCAUGCUUUAGCAGCUUUACCAGAUUUAUUCUUCAUAUUUCAGUGCAAAAUUCACUUAUUUUGGAUAUAAAUAAGAUACCCAACACGCAUAAACUGGGUGGUGAAAAUAAAUAAAUGACAAGAUUGGAAUAUAGUUAAGAACUGCAGGAGAAUCAGCAGAUGCGACUUACUCCAUUGCCCCUCGAACCGGAGGUUCAAUCUAAUCCAUUCCUUAUGGAUGAAAUCAAAGCCCACCCUACAAAUUCUCCUUGUUUCACUCAGAAACUUCCUAAUUGGUUGACCUCUGGUGGUCUUAAGAUAUCAAGAUAUACAGUUUAGACAUUAUGCAAGUAAGUAUAAAAACGCUUUAAUCUGCUGUGUAUUCUCCAAAAAAUUCCUACAGCAUGUUGAUAAUUCUUAUUCUACAGCAAACGUGACAACAUAUAAUGUCUCCUGCUUUUUAAAGGGAUAGUUCACCCAAAAAUGAAAAUUCUGAUAUUAAUUACUCAACCUCAUGUCGUUUCAAACCUGUAAGACCUUUGUGCAUCUUCAGAACACAAAUUAAGAUAUUUCUGAAGAAAUCCGAGAGCUCUCUGACCCUCCAUAGACCAAGGGUAAAGAUCAAGGCACAGAAAGAUAGCAAGGACAUCGUUAAACUAGUGCAGGGCCUGCAGUGUGUAAUGGCCUAAAAAUAGGUGGGAAUGUGCAGUACUUCAUCACUGGGCACAAACUCGUACUUUGGAGCUUAUGGGAACAGCUUGUUUUAAGUCAACAUUUUGGACUUCACUCAUAGCGCAGCCUCAACAUGAGCUGUUAGCUGUCAGACUUUACAUGGAGCCGUUUUAUUCAAUGAACUUGGUUGCUUGUUUUUUGCAUUUUCCUCUCAUUUUAGAGGGUUCAUUUGAAAGAAACUAAUGUUUUGAUGUUAACCAACUGAUCAGUAGCUUUGCAAUUGGAUAUUAGAUGAUCGCUGGAAGAUUCUCAAAAAAAUAUCUUGUAUUAUUUGAUCAAUAAUCACCACUGGCAUGGCAAAACCACGUCUGCACUUCAUGUCCGGCACCAACACCAGAUUCUUGCAUAGGUGUGUUUCAGAGAGACAUACUUGAUAUUGUGUGUAAUCUAACUGUGAGUGUUGUUGCCAUUAUCACCUAUUUUGAGCAUUUUAGAAUAAACUACUGCCACUGAUGUUUUAUAGAUGUAUUGAGAAAUAUGUUUGUUGUACAAGCUCAAGCUGUAUAUUUAUCUACUGAAACUGCUUUUUUAAAAUUAAAAAUCACAAACAGA